AUGGGCCUGCUCGAUCACGUCGGCAGCGCCGUGUCGGGUGCCAAGUCGCACAUCAAGCCUAGCAAGGAAGACCGCCCGCCCGAGGGCGCCUCCGCCGACGACACCGAGGAGCUCGACGAGGAGUCCGGCAACAUCCUCAUGUCGCUCAUCGGCCAGCUCCGCAUAGGCAUGGACCUCUCCAAAGUGACGCUCCCCACCUUUGUGCUCGAGCCCCGCUCCAUGCUCGAGCGCAUCACUGACUUCAUGUCGCAUCCCGACCUCAUCUUUGGCGCCGGCAAGCUCGACUCGCCCGAGGAGCGCUUCCUCCAGGUCACGCGCUACUACCUUUCCGGCUGGCACAUCAAGCCCAAGGGCGUCAAGAAGCCCUACAACCCCAUCCUCGGCGAGUUCUUCCGCUGCACCUACAACUACACCGACGGCACCAAGGGCUACUACAUUGCCGAGCAGGUCUCGCACCAUCCGCCCAUCAGCGCCUACUACUACGUGUCGCCCGAGAACAACCUGCUCUUCUACGGCGAGCUCAAGCCCAAGUCCAAGUUCCUCGGCAACUCGGCCGCCACCAUCAUGGGCGGCGAGAAUCGCGUCGUGCUGCUCGACCGCCAGGAGGACGGCGAGUACGCGAUCUCGAUGCCCAACAUGUAUGCGCGAGGCAUCCUCUUUGGCCGCAUGGUGCUCGAGCUCGGCGACACGAGCAAGAUCCGCAACGAGGCCAACGACCUCAGUUGCGACGUCGAGUUCAAGACCAAGGGCUACUUCACCGGCACCUACAACGCCAUCGGCGGCAAGGUCACCAAGGGCCACAAGGCCGUCGGCGAGAUCACGGGCAAGUGGAGCGACUCGAUGGACUACAAGGACUCGAGCUCGGGCAAGGUGGAGGAGCUGUUUGAUGCGCACAAGGCGACCAUCGUGCAGAAGGAGGUGAUCCCCGAGGACCAGCAGGAGGCCAACGAGUCGCGCAGGUUGUGGAGCAAGGUCACCGAGGGCAUCAAGGAGAAGAACCUCGACAAGGCCACCGAGAGCAAGAGCGCCAUCGAGGAGAAGCAGCGUGCGCUCGCAAAGGAGCGCGAGGAGUCGGGCGCCACCUGGUCGCCGCGCUUCUUUGUGCAGAAAGGCGAAAAGUACUACCCCAAGAUGGACGCACUUCCCUCGGACGACUACCGCCCUCCCGUCGUGGUCGACUACUUUGCCAAGUCGGCGUAG